UUGGGAAUGUGGGGUCACCGCCCUGCGGCCAGCGGCUGCACUCGCUGCUGGACAAGGUCACCGCCUUCAUGCGGGAGGAGAUGGCCGAGCGCGAAGCKUCCGAGCGCCUCUGCGGCCGCCGCGCCCCGCGCAGCCCGCACGGCUGGGGGCUCCUGGAGGCGCUGUGGCUGCUCGCCUUCUACGAGCCCGUGGUCACCGAGGGCCACCUGCGCCGCAAGAACCUCGAGUUCAUCUUCAUCCGCUUCAGCGCCUGGGAGUUCGCGGGCUGCGACAAGCUGUGGGCCGGGCUGGUGAGCACCCUGUGCCACAGCGUGCGCCAGCAUUUCGGGGCGCUGCCGCUCAGCGUGUUCCACGUGCUGGGGUCGCGGCCCCGCUUCGCCUCGGGCUUCUCGCAGCGCGAGUGGAUCCUCAAGAAGGGAACGUGCCUGCGGCUCUGGGGGCUGCUGCUGCUGCUGGCGCUGGGCAUCUCCGUGCUGCUCGUGGCGCUGCUGGUGCCCGGCAUCAAGGACCACCGGGCGCUCAAGGUGGUGGGCAGCGCGGCCGCGUCGCUGUCGGGCUCCAGCCUGGUGUUGGGGGCUCUGUCCAUCCUCAAGAAYUUCCUGGUCAGCGAGAAGCGCAAAAUCGAGCGGCUGACCAACAGCGACCGCUUCGCCGGCCAGCUGGGCUUCAUGAGCAAGAUCCGCGAGGAGGUGGAGGUGCUGGUGGAUUAUUUGGCUUUCAUGGAGGUGUUCGAGCGGCGGCGGCUCCGCGUGGUGCUGGAGAUCACCAGCCUGGACCGCUGCUACCCCGACAAAGUGGCCGGGGUGUUCAACGCCAUGGCCACGCUGCUGUCGGACGCCAACGCUCCCUUCAUCUUCCUGCUGGCCGUGGAUCCCAGCGUGGUGGUGCCGUGCCUGGAGAGCUCCGGGAGCCUGAAGGGAAUGGCGGAUAACGGRUACCUGUACCUGAAACGCGCCGUCUCGCUGCCCUUCUCCAUCCCCGACACCGGCGCCCGCUCCCGGCUGCGCAGCGUGGAGGCGGCGAUCCAGACCCGCGAGGAUUUGCUCUACCGMAUCAUCGCCGGUAACGUGGCCAAAUCCAGCGGCGCCGCGCCCGUUCCCAGCCGGAGGGAGGCGGAUUCGCAGGCGGUGGCGCGGAUCCACGAAGCGUUCCGCUGCCUCCACGACGGCUCCGAUGUCCUGUCCCGGUACCUCCCGGAUGACGGGGCCAGCGUCCGGCGCAUCGUYAACACGGUGCCCAUCACGCUGCGGCUGCUGCUGCACCACGCCGGCGGUUCGGCCGCAGUUCCAUCCCCGCGGGCGGCCGCGGCCUGGGUGGUGCUGGCUGACCGCUGGCCCUGCCGCCUCAGCUGGACGCUGCAGUGCCUGGAGGAUUCCGUUCACAGCGUCCCGGUGGCGGAUCUGGCCGGGAAAUCCCUCUGGAGCAUCUUCCGRGAGAACGUGGGCGAGCUGAGCUCCCUGAAGCAGCCGCUGGGCAAYGUCCUGAGCCUGGACGGGGACGCCGAGCUCUUCCAGCAGUUCCUGGAGAGGGAUUUUCCCUUUGGAGCUGGAGAGGCCCUGGAGCUGCUGGCGGUGACGGUGAAUUUAGACCAUUCCAUCCGGCGCCGAAUGGCGCUGCUGCGGGCGCUGGGGCGGCUCGGGAAAAGCGCGGCGGCGCAGCCGGUGUCGCGCGGGGUGCAGUGUCCCUGUCCCCACUGAUGGCCAGAGUGUCCCUGUCCCCAUUGAUUGCCACAGUGUCCCUGUCCCCAUUGACACCCACGGGAUCCGUGUCCCCUUUGACAGCCACGGGAUCUGUGUCUCCAUUGAUACCCGAGGGGUGCAGUGUCCCUGUCCCCACUGAUGGCCAGAGUGUCCCUGUCCCCACUGAUUCCUGCAGGGUCCGGUGUCGCGCGGGGUGCAGUGUCCCUGUCCCCAUUGACACCCACGGGAUCCGUGUCCCCUUUGAUUCCUGCAGGGUCCGGUGUCCCCACUGAUUUCCACAGGAUCCGUGUCCCCAUUGAUUCCCAGUGUCCCUGUCCCCACUGAUUCCUGCAGGGUCCGGUGUCCCGCGGGGUGCAGUGUCCCUGUCCCCACUGAUGGCCAGAGUGUCCCUGUUCCCAUUGAUUCCUGCGGGGUGCAGUGUCCCUGUCCCCACUGAUACCCAUGGGAUUCGUGUCCCCAUUGACAGCCACGGGAUCUGUGUCCCCAUUGAUUCCCACAGUGUCCCUGUCCCCACUGAUUCCCAGAGUGUCCGUGUCCCCAUUGAUUCCUGCGGGGUACAGUGUCCCUGUC